UCGUUAUUUAUUUUGUUUAGUGGUGAUGUCCUUCAUAAAAUACGAAAUUAGGUUAAUUUCUAAAUUUGUGCUUAUUGUUUUUAAGAAAAGGUGAAAUUCUAUAAUUUAUUACGAAUUAUACAAUGUGAGACGCAUUUAUGUUCCCAUCAACACACACCAAAGUCAUUACCAACAACAACAGUGUUUGGAUCCGAGUUAGGUUUAUGGAAAGCUGAAAGGUUACACAACCAAGGCAAACUGUAACUUACGAUGUGUUGCAAUGGCUUCCUCUAGUUCAAGAUCUGUUAAAGUUACUGAUCUCAACCCUCAUCUGUUGUGUGUUUUAUGUGGGGGCUAUUAUGUUGACGCCACCACCAUCAUUGAAUGUUUACAUUCCUUUUGCAAAAGUUGCAUUGUACGAUACUUGGAGACAAAUAAGUACUGCCCGAUUUGUGAUGUUCAAGUUCAUAAAUCAAAACCUCUGUUGAACAUUCGCUCGGAUCGUAAACUACAAGCGAUUGUCUACAAAUUGGUACCGGGCCUCUUGCAAAGAGAAUUGAACUGCCGGAAAGAGUUUUAUAAGAACCAACUAGAUUCGAAGUUGAGCAGCAGUGAAAAUGUGGCCGCAGCGUUGGAGGACAGCCCUGUAUGUUCCGAGGGGGAGACAUUCUUGUUGGGUGUCCAAUAUGUCGACGCAUCUGCUGAGUCACAUAACAAGAGAUACCUGAGGUGUCCUGCGGCCAUCAAUGUCAGUAUUCUACAUAAGCUGAUGAGAGCCAAGUUUGACCUGAAAGAUGCGCAGAGAGUGGAGUUCCUAUAUGAGGGAGACCUGCUGCCCGACCACAUGUCUCUCGUGGACUUGGCCUACAUGUAUCACUGGAAAAGGAAAGAUCCGAUUGAGUUGGAAUACCGGUUCCUCGAGUGUCAACAGAAGAGGAUAAAACUGUCACAUCACGAUGACAAUGCAGGUGUUGAAGAAAAAUUAAACGUAGAGCAUGAGGCAGACCGAGAGGUUCAGCUGCAGAUCAGCGAGACUGGAGUGAUGAGUGCGCAGAGUGUGGACAGCGUAGAGGUGACGUCCGUGAAGGAUAUCAACCUAGAGACCAUGGAACUGGUCAAGUCAUUGGGCAACCAAGUCACACUGUCCUUCGACAGUUCGCCAGGCAAUAGCAAAGUCAAGAUUAAGCAUGAAAUACCAACCAACAACAACACUAUCACCAUGGAAAGUGUUAGCGAAGCUCCCAAAGAUGUAAAUUGCGUUAAAGAUUUGAAAGAGGAAGCUAGCGAAAGUAAAGAGAUUACUGUGAAAAAAGAGUGUCCGGUAAAAGAGGACACGAAAGACUCGAUUAAAGUAAAUAAUAAUGAACCAGAGAAAAACAAAAGCCAUGCGAUCAAUUCAUCUCUCUCAAUCACGGUGAUUCCUGUGGGGAAUAGGCCUACUGCCAGUACUCCUGUAUAUCGUCAAAAAGUUUAUCCUGGUGCUGUGAAAGACAAUUCCAAUCAGUCAAGGCAGUUCAGAGUGAAAGAGACACCAAAUGAUACUAAGCGACCGGAAGUGACAAUUAAACCGACUUCAGAAAAACCGGAAUUCCCAAAAUCAGGCAAUGCAGCUCGUUACAAGACAUUGAAAACCCCGAUCAAACCGUGGAAUCCCACUAUCCCAAGGGCGACUAUUAUGGCCAUGAAGCAAGCUCAGGCGGCGAGUCAAGAAAAAGAUCCCAGUAAACCUUCACCAAAACCUCCUAAAUUCUUUAAGAUGCGCAAUGUGCCUCGGUUCCUAGGCAACCCAGCGUCAGGAGUGAAACCGAUGUAUCAGGUGUUACCGGGCUCUGAACUCCCGACUUCUCAGCCGAGCUUAUCACAGACUUCAAAAUCUACGCCCUCCUCUGAGCUGACAGUGAUGAAGAUCGAUCCAAAAACUCUAAACCCCAUCUCUGUACCUCAUCCUAAAUCAUCAAAAUUGAACUCAUCCUCCAGUAAACCACCUGUUACUUUUACUCCAGCUCAUAAACCAUCGGAGAGAGACUCGGUCAGUGGUGUGAAUCCUAUUCGAAAUCCAGUUAGUAAAAGUAAUCUACCAUCCAGAGCUCCUAGUCUGGCUCAUUCACAGAGUUUCCCAUCCAGUCCGUUUGGCCUCCCUUCACCUCAUGUUUUAUACCCGGGGUUUCCUCGACACUUCUCCCCGGUGGAUGCUGCAGGCAAUCAGCUGUCUGCGGACAAUCAGAUACUGCGGGCCAUGUCAAUGUUGUGCUCUCCAGGUGCAGCUUUCCACCCCUCUCUCCCCCCCUCCAUCAGCAUGCUCUUCAACCCCCACCACCCUCACCAUCGGUCCGCACCUGACAAGUUGAACUUCAAGUACAAUCCUAGCGAUUUUCACAAAAAUGCUACCGGUACCACAACAACUCCAUCAGUUCAGAGGAUACCUCCUUCUGGUCCUUCGUCUAAAAUUUCAUCGCCUUCUCCGAAUAGUAGUUUUUCCGAAUCCCUCAGCUCCCCGGCUGUUGUUAAAGAAGAGAAACAUCCAGCAGGGGAGAAAAAAGAAGCACCGUCUGAAGAAUCUAGAAGUGGAAGUUUGGUGCCAUCAAAUGAGUUCAAAUCUAAAUCGACGCCUCCCUCGAGCAGUACAGAACAAGACAAUCCCCUACCCAGAAUAGGCAAGACGAGUCCUUUGCCUAUAACUAAUGGGUUAUCUAGUAUUACAAAGAAUAAUCUAGACAAAGAAUAUCUUCUGAAACUGCACAAGCAAAGUGCAAGUGCAAAACAGUGUAUAACGGAACCCGCAGAACAAAGUAAAAGCGCAGAUAAUCAAAGAGAUGAUUCUAAAAAGGCAGUUGACAAUAAUAAUAGUAGUUAAAGAAUCUGUGAUAGUAUUAAACUUAUAAUGUGUGCUAUUUUUACAUCAUGAAAAAAUAUAGGUUAGAGUUGUAUUUGUAAUUUAUCAAACUCAUUUGCCUUAAAUGUCUUUAACAAAAAUUUGCUAUUAACUACGGCAAAUAUUCUUUACAAAGUGAAUAGUUUUCCCGCCAUAGUUCAUGUUUGAUCCUGUUGAUUUAAAAUAUGUUUUUACCAAACUUUUAAUUAGUUCAUUUUAAACCUAAAACAGUCCAAGCAAAAUUAAUAGCCUAUUAAGAACUUAAAAGUGCUAUGUACAGGGUGUUCAAAAAAGGUCGAUAUAAUUUAAGCACUGAUUCCUUGGGUCAAAAUAAAUAGAAAAUCAAGAAUAACAUUUUUUUUUAAAUCGCUUAGUUAACCAGAUAUCCGCCAUUUUGUAUUUUUUACAUAAACAUUUUUAUCUUUGAAUUUACUCAACCGAUCUUUGUGAAACUUGGUAUGUUUGUUUGUUAACGUAAAAGAGACCCAUGUAAAAAAAUAUCUAUCUUAAUCAACUAAAAGUUUCAAAAUGGCGGCCUUUUUAAUUUUUUAAACUUAAAUUACUUGAAAAUGGCUGAUUUUGUGAAAGUAUGUCAAAAAAACUUUUAUAUAGCAUUGUUAAUUUCCUAUCAAAGAAUACUAAGAUUAAAAAGAUUGAACAAGAAAUAGCUGAAAUAUUACGAGUUUAAGCUGUAAAUUGAGGCAAACCUGACUAGAGCCUUAUUCUACCCCAAUUUAGAACUAAAAAUCGAAAUAUUUCAGACAUUUCUCAGUCAAUCUUUUUGAUCUUGGCAUCGUUUUAUAGGAAAUAAAAAAUGUGAAAUAAAAGUGUUCUUAAUAUUUUUUUCAUAAAAUCAGCCAUUUUUGAGUAAUUUUAGUUUAAAUAAUUAAAAUGACCACCAUUUUGAAAUUUUUAGUUAAAUCAAGAUAACAUUUUUUUCUAAGAUGGGUCUCGCCUACCUUAACAUAGGCUACAUACCAAAUUUCAUAAAGAUCGGUUGUAAAAAUUCAAAGAUUAAAAUGUUUAUGUAAAAAAUACAAAAUGGCGGAUAUCUGGCUAACGAAGCGGUUUUGGAAAAAAUGUUUUAUAUUGAUUUUCUCUUAAUUUUGAUCCAAGGAAUCAGUACGUAAAUUAUGUCCCCACCUUUUUUGAACACCCUGUAUAACAAAAUUCUCUUCUUAAUUAAUUCUUUAUUUCAUGGGUUAACUUUUCACAAAGGGCAUAAUAUGGUUUUUAAAUGUCUUAAAUUGCCCCUCACAGUUUAAAUGUGUUGUUAACGAUUUGGCAAAGGUUUUCCUAGUUAAUAAUUGUUUUUCUUCACAGUCUAUAUUUUUUCAUCAACCCUUUUUUACUGAAAAGUACAAAUUCUUACUUAAGUCAGAAUCAAAUGUAAUAUGAACAAAUACUUUGAUAUAGUAAUUGUUGAAUUUGUAUAUUAUAAAGAGCUUUUAUAUAAGGUUGAAUGUUUAUAAUGGUUGUUGCAGGUGUAUAUACUAACAUGUAGCAAUAAUUUUGAUCACUCAAUGAAGUAUUAUUUCCAAAAUUUACAUUUUCUGUUAGGCACAUUAAAAUGACAUUUUUCACCCAAGCCUGCCUGGAAAACUCUCAAGGUUAUAGAAAAAACUGCAUAAAUCUAAAUGUUGCCUAAAAUUUCCUCACAACUAUAUAUUUUUGUCACAAAAGUCACAGGAGUUUAUUAACUCAAUAGUUAUUCUACUUAGCCUAAGUUAAAAGAGUUUUAAGAUGUGUUACAUUUGCCUUUUAAAUCAACUAUUUUCUAUUGUCGAAUUGCCUUACAUACUUAAACAGUGUUAUAUUUCAUGUAAAUACAUAAGUGUUACCUGAUUAGCCAAAUUUAACAUCGCCUUGUAAGUUUGAGAAUAUAUUUAUUGUAUUUGUAGGCCUAUAUAUUUUACUUGAAAAUGAUUUAAAUCUGAUAUUUAAGCGGCAAAACCCAUAAGCUUGACAUAUCGCUUGUACCCAUCAAUGGUAAUUCAACAUAAAACCUAUAGAUAUGUAUUGCAUAUAAUAUCUUGAUAAUUUUCGUUUUUUAACAGUCCUUAAGAUUUUGGCACUAUACCAUUCCUCAACCCGACUCAAGUUAAUUUUUUUUAAGUAUUUCAUAGUCUCUUACUCCAAACAAAAAUGCUCUGUUAUUUCAAAAAAUAUGAACUAAAAUAAAAAAUUGUAAAAUAACAUAAUUUGGAAAAAUUAAUUGAUUGUAACAUGUAGAAUCUGUCUUGCAUUGUUUUGGUGAAUGGUCCAAAAGGGGAGUAUUGAACAAGGUCCAAUGAUUAAGUCAGUGUCAUGAUGUCCAAAAUAUAAUCUUUGAGCUGUCUCACAACAUCCAAUAAAAACUAUUCGACUGUAGCACAACGUCCAAAUAUCAUCAUGUCCAAAAGUACAGUAGCUGAAAAAAAUAUAAGUCUUUCUACAAGCUUUGCACGUCAUGGGACUGGACGUCGUGCAACAGUGCACUUUAUACUCUUAAAACCCCUUGCCAGUUACACGACGUCCAAUAGCUCAGCGCUGUUGCACGAUGUCCAGAGCUCCUACAUUCGGAGCAAGGUUGGAUUAGGCUAAGUUAGGUUAGUAUGCACUACAGACGGUAAAACAGUACUCACAGGGUGCAGGCACUCUGGAUGUCGUGGGAUAGCGCUGAUAGCUAUUUGAUGUCGUGCAACUGGCAGCGGCUUCAGACGUUGUGCUACUGCUACUUAUUUAAGAGUGUAAAGUGUGCUGUUUCACGACGAUCAAUCUCAUGACGUCCAAAGUUUGUAGAAAGACUAUGUUUGUUGCAGUUACUGCACUUUUGGACAUGGUGAGAUUUGGAUGUUGUGCAACAGUCAAAUAUGUUAUAUUGGACGCCAUGAAACAGCACAAAAAUUGUAUUUUAGACGUCAUGCAAUGAAUCCAUCUAAAAUUGUGCUAUUUUCUGACAAAAAUUUUUCUCUAAAACCCAUGUUAAGAGUGAAAAUAAUGUGUAACAUGUUUAAUGUGUUGAAUAUUGGGUUAAUAUAUUGGUCCAUGUUAUGAUUAGGUCCACUUUUCAAAAUGCUCGCACACAGGUUAUUGUAUUCUGUUUACUUCUUAUUAACAUGAAAACAAAAACUCUUUAACUGUGUUCGUAUUGGUAGUGUGGGUUUCUGUGGUUGGUUUAAAGGGAUGUUUCUACAAUACUUUUUUAACUGCAUGUAUUGUAUUUGUAUACCUCAAACUGUAUUGUGGACGCCUAGCAUAAAAAUCCAAGGACCGUUAUGUUUAAAAAGUGUAAAAAGUAAAUACACAUUUUGAGCUGUUAAAGAGGGAAUAUUUGGCUUUUCAAAUACUGUGAUGCUUGUACAAUCUGUGACUUCGUUAAUUAAAUUCUUGUACCAUUACAACGUAUAGUGCAAACCAACACUUUGUAUACACUUCAAAAACACUUGGCGUUAAAACAUCCAACUUUGUAGAAAAAUUUAUUAAGAUAAGUAGAAAGAUUAUAUUUAUUUAUUGCACAGACUAUACAUACAGCUUUAAAUAUUUAAUUAUUAUACAGCUCAAACUGUUGUUAUGGUCAUACUGGCCAAAAAGCUGGUCCACUUUAAAAAGUCGUGAACUACCUACCUUAAUAAUUCGUACCCAGUGCUCGAUUUACGGAACGCGGUGGGACGGCGUUCCGGUACCCCUUUUUCAGAAAGAUAAAAAUAUUUGGCAUAAGUAGGUACUAAUCACAUUAAAUAGGUUACAGUUACGGAACCUCACUUUUUACAAAUCGAGCACUGUUUGUACCAAUCAAUAUUAUGUUUGUUCUUUUGUGAAAACCCCAUUAAUUAGUGUUAUGUACUUGUUUCUUAACGAUUUUGUAAACAAAACAUUUAUUUUAUGGGUUUUGCCAUACUGUCAUAUUUUAUUCGUUUGUACAUUUUUUCUUUACAAGAUUUUUUAUAUUAAUAUAUUUUUAAUCAUAAGGCACAUAUGUAAUGUUAUUGUAUUAAU